AUGGCCGAUUCAAUUCCUUCUCUCCCCUUAUUUCUCGAAGCACAAAAAGUCUCGCAGCACAAUGCGGGGAAAGUUGCAGUGAUAGACGCCGCCAAGGGGGAGCAAUUUAGCUACACGCAGCUGUUAGUGGAUACGGCAGAGUUGAAAAAAACCAUUCUUGAGGACUUGGGGCUGAAAGAUCUGGAAGAAAGGCGCAUCGCCUUCCUGGUCCCGAAUGGAUACGAUUAUGUUGUCAUCCAGUGGGCUAUCUGGGCUGCUGGCGGCGUGUGUGUACCUCUCUGUACAACUCAUCCGGUGAAGGAAUUGCUUUACACAAUAGAAGACUCCGACCCAUCUUUGGUCAUUCUACACCCUGCAUUCGACAAGGUCAGGGAGCCGCUACGUGAGUCAGUUGCCAAGGAUGUACCAUUCAUGAAUUUCCAGUCUUUCCAUGCGAAAAAGGAUCUCUCAUCGAAGUCUCUGCCUACGUUCAGCCCUGUCUCCUUCCUGGAUCGAAGGGCACUGAUGAUCUACACAUCUGGUACAACCUCAAAACCCAAAGGUUGCGUCACCACGCACAAGAACAUCACCUUCCAAGCGAGAUGCCUCAUCGAAGCGUGGAAGUACAGCCCGUCCGACCACCUCAUCCAUGUCCUACCGCUUCAUCACGUCCAUGGGAUCAUCAACGGCCUAACAUCUAGUUUCCUCAGCGGAGCUACGGUUGAGAUGCACCCGAAAUUCGACCCGCAAGUCAUAUGGAACCGGUGGCAGGAUCAGGACUCCUCCACGAUGUUCAUGGCCGUUCCGACGAUCUACUCUCGAUUGAUCGAUUACUUCGAGGCCAACAUACGCGGUACAGACAAGGAAGCCGCCGCCCGAAGUGGCGCCAAGUCCUUGAGGCUCGUCGUAAGCGGUUCCGCGGCGCUCCCUACCCCUAUCAAGACCAAGUUCGCCGCAAUCACAGGCCAGAUCCUUUUGGAGCGCUACGGCAUGACCGAGAUCGGCAUGGCGCUCAGUUGUGGGCUGGACGUCGACAAGCGCAUAGACGGCAGCGUCGGCUGGCCUCUGCCUGGCGUACAGGUUCGGCUCGUCGACAAGGAAACGGGCGCAAUCAUCGAAACAGCGAACGAGGACGGCAUGAUCGAGAUCAAAGGGGAGAAUGUCUUCCUCGAAUACUGGCGACAGCCCGACGCGACAGCCAGGGAGUUCACUGCAGACGGAUGGUUCAAGACGGGGGACGUUGCACGGCGCGAUGGUUCCGGCGCAUACUUUAUCCAAGGCCGGGCGUCGGUCGACCUGAUCAAGUCCGGUGGGUACAAGAUCUCGGCCCUAGAGGUGGAACGGAAGAUGCUGGGCUUGGAUACCAUUGAGGAAGUUGCGGUUGUGGGCCUGGCCGACGAGGAAUGGGGCCAGCGAGUCGCUGCUGUUGUCAAGCAACGGCCUGGGACUGAGCCGCUGGACCUUCUGGGCCUUCGUGCGCAACUUAAACAGGAGAUGGCCCCUUACAAGAUUCCAACGGUGCUGAAGGUCGUAGACUGCAUUGAGCGCAAUGCGAUGGGUAAGGUGAACAAGAAGAUAAUCGUACAGAAAUACUGGCCUGAUAAGGCUUGA